GAAAGCCCCGGGGGAGAGGCGCCCGAGCCUGGCCGCGGGAGCAUGUGGACCCGGAGCGGAGCGCGGGGCGCGCUGCUGCUGGCGCUGCUGCUCUGCUGGGACCCGAGGCUGUGCCAAGCAGGCACUGAUUCUGGGACCGAGGUGCUCCCCGACUCCUUCCCCUCGGCGCCGGCUGAGCCCCUGCCCCACUUCCUGCAGGAGCCGCAGGACGCCUACAUCGUGAAGAACAAGCCCGUGGAACUACGCUGCCGUGCCUUCCCCGCCACGCAGAUCUACUUCAAGUGUAAUGGCGAGUGGGUCAGCCAGAAUGACCACGUGACGCAGGAGGGCCUGGAUGAGGCCACAGGCCUGCGGGUACGAGAGGUCCAGAUCGAGGUGUCACGGCAGCAGGUGGAGGAGCUGUUCGGGCUGGAGGAUUACUGGUGCCAGUGUGUGGCCUGGAGCUCCGCGGGCACCACCAAGAGUCGCCGGGCCUACGUCCGCAUCGCGUACCUGCGCAAGAACUUCGAUCAGGAGCCUCUGGGCAAGGAAGUGCCCCUGGACCAGGAGGUUCUCCUGCAGUGCCGCCCGCCAGAGGGGGUGCCUGUGGCUGAGGUGGAAUGGCUCAAGAACGAAGACAUCAUCGACCCCUCCCAGGACAGCAACUUCCUGCUCACCAUCGACCACAACCUCAUCAUCCGCCAGGCCCGCCUCUCGGAUACGGCCAACUACACCUGUGUGGCCAAGAACAUCGUGGCCAAGCGCCGUAGCACCACUGCUACGGUCAUCGUCUUCGUGAACGGUGGCUGGUCCAGCUGGGCAGACUGGUCGCCCUGCUCCAACCGCUGCGGCCGCGGCUGGCAGAAGCGCACGCGGACCUGCACCAACCCGGCCCCGCUCAACGGAGGCGCCUUCUGCGAGGGCCAGGCCUUCCAGAAGACUGCCUGCACCACCGUGUGCCCAGUCGAUGGAGCGUGGACGGAGUGGAGCAAGUGGUCGGCCUGCAGCACCGAGUGUGCCCACUGGCGCAGCCGCGAGUGCACAGCGCCCCCGCCCCAGAACGGAGGCCGAGACUGCAGCGGGACCCUGCUCGACUCCAAGAACUGCACCGACGGUCUGUGCGUACAGAAUAAGAAAACUCUAAGUGACCCCAAAAGCCACCUGCUGGAGGCCUCGGGGGAUGUGGCGCUGUACGCGGGCCUUGUGGUGUCCAUCUUCGUCGUCGUGGGUGUCCUCAUGGUGGUGGGGGUGGUGGUUUACCGCCGCAACUGCCGGGACUUCGACACGGACAUCACCGACUCGUCAGCCGCCCUCACUGGCGGCUUCCACCCCGUCAACUUCAAGACUGCGAGGCCCAACAAUCCACAGCUCCUGCACCCCUCCGUGCCUCCGGACCUCACGGCCAGUGCUGGCAUCUACCGCGGGCCUGUGUAUGCCCUGCAGGGCUCAGCCGACAAGAUCCCCAUGACCAACUCGCCCCUGCUGGACCCCCUGCCCAGUCUCAAGAUCAAGGUCUACAACUCCAGUACCACCGGCUCGGGGCCAGGCCUGCCAGAUGGGGCUGACCUGCUGGGGGUCCUGCCAGGCGGCACAUAUUCCGGUGACUAUGCCCGCGAUGCCCACUUACUGCCCCUGCGCAGUGCCAGCCUUGGCUCCCAGCAGGUCCUGGGCCUGCCCCGUGACCCAGGGAGCAGCGUCAGCGGCACGUUUGGCUGCCUGGGAGGGAGGCUCAGCAUCCCCGGCACAGGGGUCAGCCUGCUGGUGCCCAAUGGAGCCAUCCCCCAGGGCAAGUUCUACGAGAUGUACCUCCUUAUCAACAAGGCAGAAAACACCCUCCCGCUUUCAGAAGGGACCCAGACAGUACUGAGCCCCUCGGUGACCUGUGGGCCCACGGGCCUCCUGCUGUGCCGCCCCGUCAUCCUCACGGUGCCCCACUGUGCUGAAGUCCGUGCCGGCGACUGGAUCUUCCAGCUCAAGACCCAGGCCCACCAGGGCCACUGGGAGGAGGUGGUGACCCUGGAUGAGGAGACCCUGAACACGCCCUGCUACUGCCAUCUGGAGGCCAGGGCCUGCCACAUCCUGUUGGACCAGCUGGGCACCUAUGUGUUCACCGGUGAGUCCUAUUCCCGCUCGGCCGUGAAGCGGCUCCAGCUGGCCAUCUUCGCCCCUGCCCUCUGCGCGUCCCUGGAGUACAGCCUCAGGGUCUACUGCCUGGAGGACACGCCCGGGGCGCUGAAGGAGGUGCUGGAGCUGGAGCGGACCCUGGGUGGCUACCUAGUAGAAGAACCGAAACCGCUGCUGUUUAAGGACAGUUACCACAACCUGCGCCUCUCUCUGCACGACGUCCCCCACGCCCACUGGAGAAGCAAGCUGCUCGCCAAGUACCAGGAGAUCCCCUUCUAUCACAUCUGGAGCGGCAGCCAGAAGGCCCUGCACUGCACCUUCACCCUGGAGAGGCACAGCCUGGCCUCCACGGAGCUCACCUGCAAGAUCUGCGUGCGGCAGGUGGAAGGGGAGGGCCAGAUCUUCCAGCUGCACACCACGCUGGCGGAGACACCUGCUGGCUCUCUGGACGCCUUCUGCUCUGCCCCUGGCAGCACAGUCACCACCCAGCUGGGGCCCUACGCCUUCAAGAUUCCACUGUCUAUCCGCCAGAAGAUAUGCAACAGCCUGGACGCCCCCAACUCACGGGGCAACGACUGGCGGCUAUUGGCGCAGAAGCUCUCCAUGGACCGGUACCUGAACUACUUUGCCACCAAAGCAAGCCCCACAGGUGUAAUCCUGGACCUCUGGGAGGCUCUGCAGCAGGACGAUGGGGACCUCAACAGCCUGGCGAGUGCCUUGGAGGAGAUGGGCAAGAGUGAGAUGCUGGUGGCCAUGGCCACUGACGGGGACUGCUGAGCUGCCCCGGACCAUGGACUGGGAGGGCUGGCAGGAGUGGGCACACGGGGGGCCCCGGGCAGCCUUGUGUGAGGCAGUGAGGCCUCUGCUGCCCCCCUCCCGCCGCCAGCUCACAGCUGGAGCCGCCCCCUCCUCCUCCCCUUGCCCCACUCCCAGACCACGACCAGCCUUAUCAAAUCCAUGUACUCCGUUGUCGGGAAGACCCAGUGUUCCUUCUCCACCCCUGCUGUCCCUCUUGCCCCCAGAUCUCCAUGGGGGAAACCAAGAUGAGGCCCCUGGAGACAGCAAGGGGGGCCAGGAGGUGGCCCUCCCUCCCUCCUUCCACCCCCACCUGCCACCUCUGCCCCAAGAGCUCUGGGUGACAUUUGUCUUAGAUGCGUUCUUCGGUUUCUUCCUCAGUUACUGGUUUCUCCCUCCCUCCUAAGUCCUCUCCUCCUUUCACACCAUUUUCCUCUUUGAAGAGUCAAGUACAAUUCAGAUGAACUGCUUUCUCCCGUCCAAAGCAAAAAAGAAAAGGAAAGGAAGAAAGAAAGCUUCAGACCGCUAGUCAGGCUCCAAGAAGAAAAAGAGAAACACCAAAACCACAAGGGAAAAGAAAAACCCAGUUUCUUAGGAAACGCAAAUGAUUUAUUAUCCAGAUAUUUGGAUAAGUCCUUUUUAAGAAAAAAAAAAAAGAAAAUGAAAAACAACACACAGAAAAAUAGAAAACUCUUUUCUUGAGUGUGGGUGAGUGUGGGCUUGCUCAGAAGUGAGCGUGUGUGUAUGUGUGUGUGUGUGUGUGUGUGUGUGUGAGAGAGAGAGAGAGAGAGAGAGAUGUUUUCAGGGAGAGAGACAACAGGGAACACCUUGCUGCUAAUGAUUCUGUCUUAAACUAGAGUCCUACAAGGCCUCAGUUUCCCCAGUUGUACAGGGUCAAAUGGGGUUUUAGCCAUGGUACCAUGUUUCCUUCUAACAUGCUAAGCAGAUGCUCAGUCUAUACAGCCAAGGAGCCCGGAGGCCUGCAGGGGGCUGGAGUCCUCCCUCCCACAUCCCCAGGCAGACACCCCAGAGGCUCUCUGGACUCCUGGAGACUCCAGAUUAAAAGGCUCAGGGAUGGAAACUGUGGGCAGGCCAGGCCAGCCAUGAGCCAGGGACAGUUUCCAGUGCCCGGGUCUGGUAGCUCCUGGAAAAGGGGGUGGGGUCCAGAAAUGGGGGUCUAGCAGAGAAAGAAGGGGGGUGCGGUGAGAGUCUCCAACCACACUUCUCUCCUUCACCCCAGGGUGGGACCAGCCAGGUCACCCCUCCGCCUAGCAGCCCCUAGCCCAGAUGGGCUGGAGCAAAUUUACAUUCUGCUAAUGGAAUAGGUCACCCCCAGCCUCUGUUUCUCCAUCUGUUAAACAGGAGAGAUGGGUAAGAGGGUCUCUAACUGCAGAAGCCUGAGCUUCUGGGCCAGAGCGUGGCUGUGAGGGACGGGUGAGCCCAGCUGGGAGGCUGGGAGGUGGGCUGCCUGACCGUGAUCUUACACGCUCUCCCAGGGAGGGAGACCUGGGGAGGGCUGUUGUCCCAGCUCUGACUUCCCUCCGCCCCUCCCUCAGCCCUGCUCUCCCUCUCCAGCUGCAGCCUGGGAGGUCUUGAAGUGAGCUCCGCGUAGGCGGGGCUGCCCCAGAGGAGGGUGACCUGUGUCACCAGCCUGCUCCAGGAUGUUCCAGGGGACCACCAAGGGCCCUCGGUGGCUGGCUGAUGAUGGCGGGGACCAGGCUCUUACGGCUGGCACGAAGGCCUCGGCACAGGCCUCUCCUUGGCACCCAGGGCAAAGCAAAUGCCAGCUCUUCCCAAAAGCUCUGGGCACUGACCCCAGGGCAUGCCUCAGCUCGCCCAUGAGCAGCUGUUGGGACCAGCCUGGGCAUAUCCUGGCCCUUGAGAGUCUGGUCUCCAGGGAGGAAAACAGGUUUUAGGGCUCCAGUUGGCAACCCUGGCCUAGUCUCCCCUGCCACAGACUCUGGGGCUCAUGGGGGUUCUCCCCACCUGCAUAUGCCCGCCCCAGGGGGGGGGGAGUAGGUCAGCCGUGGGCAGACGAAGAUCUGCUCGGUUUGACAGAGGAUUUCUUCUAUCAGGGCUGCUGAAGGGGCCAGGCCCACACUCAGGGCCGGGCAACCACAGCUCUUGGCCCCAGUGCCUGUGUGGCUUCCCUGCCCAAGGUGCCCAUCCGCUGUGGACUCAACACCCCCGAUGAGUUCUGGCCUGAGCUGUGUGGGCAUGUGUGACAACACGGCCCGGAGAGCAGCCUGACCGGUGCCAUGAAAGGCUCUACCCGGACCUUUCCGAUCAGUCCCUAAAAUGCUCACGGGCAGCCUGGAGUCCGAAGACCAGCACGCCAGCGGUGCCGGUAAACUGCUGUGUGACCUCAGGCACAUGACUGCCUUCUCUGGGCCUCACUUCCUUUUUUUAUACCUGCAGCUGCUGUCUGACUCUGCUUGGCUUCUGAGACUCGGUCAUUCUGGGUUUCUAAUGGGUAGGAACCCCAACAGGGGGGAGUUAACUGUGGUCUGCCACGCCCCUCCUCCACCCGGCAGCCCCGAUGGGAGCUCCUGGUGGGUGAGGCCAGGCCAGCCACAUACAUGCCAUUUCUAGAAAUUGUGUACCAGGGCCUGGAGCACAGAACCGAUUGGAUGGAGUCUUCUGGGAGGGUUCAAACCGUCCAGCUUUGUAAGGAACGCCUAGAGAGGGUUUGCUGCCUCCAUCAAUAAGACCUCUGCUGAGGCUGCUGUGGGCGCGUCCCCACGCUGCUGGCCUUAGGGUAGGAUCAAGAUUUCUCCUAUUAGUUCAGGCCUGAGGGGCAGCCCCACUUGGCCUGUGUACCCCAAAGAGUGUAGAGGAGGGGCCACCACAGGCUUGCAGGGCCCUCGCGUGGGUGUUUACGUCUCUCAUCUCUGGGGUGUGUGAUUGCGUGUGUGUGCGCGUGUGCCCUGUGUGCAUGUGCUGUCGUCUGCAGGCACAUCAGGGUACCCCUCCGGGAGCAUGUCCCCCCCCAACGUGAGUGUGUGCCCCUCUGAGUCCACAGGGUCAGUUGGUGUAUCUCCUAUGUGCCUCUCCCUCUGCCUUCUCCCGCAGUGACCCGGGCUCCAGAGCUCUGGGCCAGGGGGCCUCCUGAGGGCGUGGGGGACCCCAUCUCCCGGAUCAUUCAAGGCCCUCUGGCCCUUCCCCAGCAACCAGGCAGCUGAGCUGGGUCCCUUAGCAGGCCCUCUGAGGGAAGGUGGCCAGGAGUUCGGGUGCAGGGAACAGAUCUCUUGGGGGCAAAGGGCUGGACCCCCUGCCUGGGCCGUGGACAUGCGUCAUGUGUCCCGGGGAUGUAGGGCUGCAGGGAUGGCCCGACCCCACCGCUGUCUAGUCUGUAAACUUCAACCUGUAAAUAAUGUUUAGCAUUCCUAUUGUAACAAAAUUAAUUUUUACAAAAUAAAUUAUAUUUCCUAGUCUAAUAAAAAAAAACACUCCUGGUUGUA